CUUAUUGUCAAUCCAAAUCAAAUUCAAUUUUCGUCCGUUGAGUUUUUUUGAAAAGUUUCCAUUUUGUAGUGCACACGAGAAAUAAUUUUUGUGUUCUAUUUGUUUAAUUUGUUAAAUUAUUACUAUCAAUAAUGUCUGAAAGAAACUCAUCACGUUUGUCGGCGUACAAAAAUGCUGGCCAAGGGACAAAUGAUCUCCGCCGUAAAAGAGCAGAGCUCAGCGUGGCUCUGCGCAAGCAGGCUAGAGAUGAGCAGCUUCUCAAGAGAAGGGCACUGUCUCCUGAGGCCGGUGAUGAAGUCCAUGAAGAGGAAGUCAAGGUGUUUACCACUUCAGAGAUUGUUCAAGGUCUUCGCUCCAACGACCUGGCAACUAUGACGGCAGCAGCGCGCGCAGCUCGUCGCUUUCUCUCUAAGGAACAGAAUCCCCCCAUCUCCAGCAUGGUGGCUGCUGGAGUUAUCGGACCAUUGAUACAUGCUCUGGAGCGAGAUGACUGCACAGACCUGCAGUUUGAAGCAGCGUGGGCGCUCACUAACAUUGCAUCUGGUACCCACGAACAUACUAUGGCUGUUGUCGAUGGUGGUGCAAUCCCAAAGCUAGUUGCCUUGCUAGCUCGCGGUGGAUCAGUAGGCGAGCAAAGUGCUUGGGCACUCGGCAACAUUGCAGGCGACGGGCCUCAAACCCGGGACUCCGUGCUGGCUCAUGGAGCGCUGGCUGUGUUACUACCGCUCAUGACUUGUACUACUCCGGCCAGUCAGCUCCGCACUGCUGUUUGGACUUAUAGUAAUUUUUGCAGACACGGAACUAUAAUUUGGGGAGCACAUAAACAGUUGCUCCGUGCGGGGAUCGAACCCGCUAGUGCAGUCCAAAUGUACGUUCACAAGCCUACAAUCAUAUUUUUUCCCCUUACAGCGGACGCAUGCUGGGCACUCUCCUAUCUAACCGAUGGUCCGAACGAGCGGAUAGAGUCAGUGCAAAUGACACCGAACCUGCUACCCCGAGUAAUAAGAUUGCUGAACCAUAACUCGGCUGCCGUCAGGACGCCGGCUUUGAGAGCUAUUGGGAACAUGCUUACAGGGUCUGAUGAACAGACAGACCGCUGCCUAGACGCAGGCUGCCUAACCCACAUUAUAACCCUACUCCGCUGCAACAAACCGUCCCUCAUGAAGGAGGCGGCCUGGGCAGUCAGCAACAUACUAGCGGGCACUCAGCCCCAGAUAGAGAGGGCUAUUGGGGCGGGAGUGCUAGAACAUCUACUACAUGUGCUUUCAAUUGAUGAUAUUAAAUGCCGUAAGGAGGCAGCGUGGGCGAUCACGAACCUCUGCCUGGGUGGGACUCCGGAACAACUGGACGCAUUGCUCUCAGUCGGGUUCCUGGAACCUUACUGCGCACUGCUGAACGCUCCUGAUCAUAGAGCCAUAUCCGUUGUUUUAGACGGACUUACUAAUUUAUUGCAGGCGGCAGUUAAAUAUGGACAGAUUGAAGCUCUGUGCUUGAAGUUAGAAGAGAACGGCACAUUGGAUCAAAUCGAGAAUCUACAGCAACAUGAGAAUGAACAGAUAUACAAGAAAGUUCUGCACAUCCUAGACACAUACUUUGCUGAACAAGAUGAUCCUAGCGCACAGCCAACUCAGACUGAAGAAGAAUAUCAGUUCGGAACCGCAGGAGGACAGAAUAUCAACUUCUAGUACCUCAAAACUAUUUAAUUUGGAGUCAGCACAGCUAUUAGUAUGCAGAUAAUAAAAUAAGGAUUGACUCAAUACGAGAUAAAGUGUGAAAGAGCCAUGCUUCGGCAUGAAUGGGCCAGCUUGACCGGAGUGAUACCACAGCCGAGCAGGAAACCUCGUGUG